AUGGUUUGCUGGUCCAAAAACGCACAGAAGGAAGAAAGGUUGGCGGAUCCUGGAUCACGUGGUGAAGAUUCAGAUGGUGUGGAAGGGGAAGACGAGUCUGAAAGUGAAAAGAGAAGGGGUGUGCCCUCUCUACGAGAGCGUUUACCUAUGUCUGCUGGACUAGGAGUAGGUGAACUUCGGGCUCGUUUAGGGGUUUGGUUCGGCAGCGUGGUGGCUCUAGAUGGUGCAGUUAGAGACGAUAUAGAUUUAGAAAGAAUUGACGCGAAUGUAAAAAAAGGUGGAUUUAUAUUUCCCCUACCUUUAAUAGUUGCUGGUAUUACCGCGGCGGCUACAGAGGCUGGUGCUACAGCUUGUGGAGUAAGCGUUGCCAACGAAAAUUCCGGUUCUGGGAAAACUCAUCUCACUUUUAACAUGUUGACAACACCAAACCUUUUAGUUUUCGAUUCUUUGUAUAUCUACACAACAACACCAGAGCAAUCGUAUUAUCAAUUUCUCAAAGCUUUAGAAUAUCUACCAAAGAAAGAUGUUCAAGAAGUGGAAAUAAAAGAUAUCAUAGAUAACUACAUCGAAGGAAAGAAUCCAACGGAUAUAUAA